AUGUUUCAAGGUGAGACUGUUACAAAGAAGGAGUGGGUAGAUAUAUCAGAAGCACAUGAUGGAAAAGUCAUGAAAUGCACACUGAGGACCGGAAAAGGCGCUAGGCCUCGCAGAUGCCAAAAAGUCGCAAUUCAUUAUACAAUGUCGCUCGAAAACGGGCCAAAAGUCUAUUCAACACGCGAUGAAGGCAAGCCAUUUGACUUUACAGUAGGAUCAUGCGAAAUUCCAGCAUUUAAUGCUGCUGCUUUGAAUAUGGUUGGAGGUGAACGAGCUGAAUUAAAGAUUGAUUCAUCAAUGGGUUACGGUGAAGCUGGACAUCCUCCAACAGUUCCACCAAACGCAAAUCUCUUUGUUGAACUCGAUUUAUUAUACAUUCUCGAAGAUAUGCCAAAAGAAGAAGCCAUCAAACAGGCAGAAGAAGUUAACAAACGUGCUGGUGAAGCAUAUCGUAACGAAAAAUACGAAGAAGCUUCAGUUCUUUACCAUGAAUGCUGCCAAAUCCUUCAAUGCCAUACUGGUGAUGACUUAGAUCUCUUAUUCGAUAAGUAUCGCUCAAACCUUUCCACAGUUUACUCUAAAUUAGGAAAAUGGGGAGAAUCAAUGCAUAAUGCCGAAAGAAUUCUUCAAAAGGACAAGACAAAUCAACGCUGCAUCCUUAGAAAGCUUGAUGCGUUAAUUCAUCUCGGAAGACUUGAAGAAGCUGAAGAAUAUCUUAAGAAAGGCUUAGAAUUAUCAAAUAACGAUCCUGUAUUUUCAUCACGUACAAAAGAUAUUGAAAAAGCUAGCGCAGAAAUGAAAUCUGCACAAGAAAAUGUAUAUAAGAAGAUGGCAGGUAAGAAAUUCUUCUAA